CAAAAUCUCGCUUGAGUUACUUAGUGGCAUGUCAUAGCCGCGUCAGCGGAGAUCGGCGCCCGCCUGGCAUACAGUAAUUCGAAGACUUUCCACUAGAGUGCUAUGUUUUGAGUUGUUCGAUCUGUAUCGUAUGUUAAGCGUUUGGUUCACCGAUCACCGCUGAGUUGUAACCGUAUGUGCUGUCGCCGUUACUCUAUUGCCGUCCCUCAUUUCCGUCGUCGAUCUCGCACACGUUGACACGUCCUUUGUAUUGCCAUGGACGUCAGCUUGUUACUUCAGCAUUCGCAAUAUGCAUUACCUGUGGGUAUCGUGCUUAUAUGUGCGAUUCUCGUCUUCGUCUUUGGUUUCAAGAAGGCUGAACAACCACCUUUUGCACAGCUUUCGGUAGGCUCCGACGUGGACCGGAAAUUUGCCAAUAAGAAACGUAUCAAGACCAAAGAAAAGAAAUCUGCUAAUGGUCAAAUUGUAAUUGAAAAGGCAAGUCCUAUUAAAAAAAAUAUAUCAACAAAGACAGAGGCUUCAAAAAAAGUUGUAUCCAAACUAAAUGAUAGUGAAGGAAAAUUAAAAGAACGAAAACAAGAAGAUAAUAAAAUUUCUAUAACAAAAAAAGAUAAAGAUCAAGUUCUUGUAAAAGUUGGUAAAGAAAACAAAGUUGAACAAAUAAAAAAUAAAAAGAAUUUAAAAAACCUAUUCCAAGAGAAACCAAUAGACUUUGAUGAAGGUGAUUGGGAACAAGCUUAUUCCAAGAAAGAUAAAAAAAAAAAAAAAGAGGAAGAAUCUCCUUCAAAGAAAAAUAAAAAGAAUACUAAAAAGGUUGAUUUAAUUAAUGAAGAAGUAAUUAAACAAAAGAUUUCAGAAAAAAUAGAAAUUAAAGAUAAAGUUAUAAAGGAAACAGAAAAUAAAGAAUUAAAAGAGAAAGAUAAAAAAGAUGUGAUACUUACACCUAUUUCCAAUGAGGAAAUAUCUAAAGAAAAAGAACAACAAAAAGAAGAACUAUCUAAGAAUGAAAAAAUAGAAAAAGAAGAAAAAAAAAGUGCAAAAUCAAAGAAGGGAAAAAAAAUUUCUGAAAAUGAAAAUAUCCCUAUAAUGACUGUAUCUAUACCAAAAGUAGAUAAUAAAAUCCAAGAACAAAACAAAAAAAAGGAUGACAAUAUAGAAAAAGAACCAGAUAAUCUUGAAGAAAAAAGUCCUAAUGUUAUGCAAACACAAGAAAAAAGUGGUCCUGUGUUUGAUGAACUAGGAGAUAUCUGGACAGAAGCCAAACCUCAAAAGAAAAGUAAAAAGAAAGCUCGUAAAGAUAAUUGAGAAUGAUUAAAUAUGAUAAAAAUGAUGUUCCUUGUGAAGAGGAAUAGAGUAAGAAUCCUGCUUGGUCCAAACGACAUAUGUCAUUUCGGACUCAUCAGGUGUGUUUUAAGUGACUUACUAAUUAACCACCUGACCAAAUUGUUCCUUUUCCUUGUAUAUAAUGCCAAUUGGACUAGGUUGUUCGAUUAAUUCAUAUAUUUUAUAGACUUCAUAUCUGCAGAUACACUUUGUAUAGAAAAAAAAAA